AUGAAGUUUUGGAAUCGCUACCUGAAACGCAAGGAAGUUCUACUUCGGAAGCAGUACAAAACUCCGGCCGACCUUUUCGACAGUUCGAAUCGUUUGCUGAUCAAGUUCUUCGCCAUCUGCGGUGCAGAGCGGAUGCUGCCCGAAUACACGCGUAAAAAUGGGCGACUAAUUUUCCUGGUGAUGGACCUGUUCCUAUAUUUGCUCGUUAACAUCUACUCGAUCGCAAACGUGUGGGGAUCACUGAUGGACGUCGUUUUCUGCCUCGUGACCCUCGGUAUAGCCAUCCAGGGCUUUGCCAAGAUCGUAGCAUUCACCUCGCCGGGCCUCUACGACCUGCAUAUGUACAAUCUAGAUCGCUUCACGGCUCCGGCACUGUAUCCUGAGGUAACGGACUCUCUCUACCACACCGCCACGCUGUGCAAGGUGUUCAUCAAGAUCCUCAUGAUCAUGUUUUCGGGCUUAUUAAUCGGAUUCUGCUUCAUCGCAAUCACCAUGCCGAUCGUGAAGCGUGAGCUGGUCCUCUUGUUCGGGUUCACUCUACCCUUUAUAGACCCCAAAACUCCGGUCGGGUUCGCAGUUAACUGUUUAUACCAGUUGUUGCAGGUGUUCGAAGCCGUCAUCGGUCUGAUGGCCUGCGACGUGUGUCUUUUGUUCCUGAUCGUCAACGCAACCGGCCAAAUGGACUUGAUCAUCAUCUACUUGCGGCGCCUCACCGAUCUGGUGAACACCGACCUCAACGGCAAUAACGCCAAGGAAAUCGCCGAUCUCAUCAAAGAAAUCGUGCUCAAGCAUUUGGAGCACACCAAGCAUAUUACCGAUAUGGAUAAGCUGUUUAAGAAGCAAUUCUUCAUCAACUUUGGGUGCCUAAUUUUUGAGCUUGUCGCAUCGCUCGCAAUCGUUGUCAGGGUCCCUUGGCUCCCAGGAAUGGCCGUCAUCGUGAUCUGCACCAUUCAACUCUUUGUGAACUGCGCCCUGGGAACGUUUCUGUCUAUAAAGAACGACAGACUCAUCAACGAAAUAUACGCCGUCAACUGGUACGGGUUAUCGACGAACCAUCAAAAAACGCUCCAGCAAGUACUGCUUAAGGCACAGUUGCCGGUCGUGUUGUCCGAUGGUUUCACUGCGAUCGAUUUGCUUAACUUUGUAGAGAUUUACAAGAAGAUUUACUCGUACUUGAUGGUGCUGCAGAACAUGGGUUGA